UCUCAGCAGCUGUCUUGCCUUGGGCUGUACUUCUCCCAUGGCUCCUGCAGCCUCUCUUCCUCUCUGUCUGUGCCUGCUGCUGGCCUCUGGCUUUGGGCAUGCAGGCAAGCUGCUGGUGGUGCCCAUGGAUGGUAGCCACUGGUUCACCAUGCAGAUGGUUGUGGAGAAACUCAUUCACAGAGGACAUGAGGUGGUUGUAGUGAUCCCAGAGGUGAGUUGGCAGCUGGGACGAUCCCUGAAUUUUACAGUGAAGACAUUCUCAAUUUCUCACACUCUGGAUGAUCUGAACCGUGAGUUCAAGAUUUUUGCUCAGACUCAAUGGAAAACUCCAGAACAAAGUAUCCGUUCUUUAAUGACAGGCUCAGCCAAAGGUUUCUUUGAACUAAUAUUUUCACACUGUCGGAGUUUAUUUAACGAUAAGAAGUUAGUGGAGUACUUGAAGCAGACUUCAUUUGAUGCUGUGUUUCUGGAUCCUUUUAACGUGUGUGGCUUAACUGUUGCCAAAUAUCUGUCGCUUCCAUCAGUCAUCCUAGCAAAAGGUAUAUUUUGUCACUCUCUUGAAGAGGGUGCCCAGUGCCCGAGUCUUCCUUCUUAUGUUCCUAGACUUUUCUCAAAAUCCGCAGACACCAUGACUUUCAAGGAGCGAUUGUGGAACCAUCUUAUCUACUUUGAAGAACGUGCAUUUUGCUCCUAUUAUUUGAAAACUGCUGUAGAAAUUGCCUCUGAGGUUCUGCAGACCCCAGUGACUCUAACAGACCUCUACAGCCCAGUGUCCAUUUGGUUGUUACGCACUGACUUUGUGUUAGAGUUCCCCAGACCUGUGAUGCCCAACAUGGUCUUUGUUGGUGGGAUCAACUGCCUCCAAAGGAAGCCACUGUCCAAGUUCCCAUCUGCUGUAAGAGGAAGCAGCUAUGAUGAUGGCUGA